UCUGCGGUUCACGGGAGCUUCCCUCCCGCAAGCUCCCGCAGCCCCGGCCCUGCCUCGCUGACGGCUCUCCGCCUUCCACGGCCGCCAUCUGAACCUGGGCUUCAGCUCUGUCCCCAGCCUCCUGGGGACUCAGAUUCCCUGACCCUGAUCCGACCCAGAAAUUGAGCCAGACACCUCGGGUGGCCUUCAAGUCAAUCUCUGGGCACACUCUGAGUGGCCACCAGCAUCUAACAAACGGAUGUCUGGACCCUAAGAAAGGGCCAGGGGGUGCGGGGAAGCGGGGCACACUUUUUAGACGAUGGUGGGGCUGAGGCCGGUUGGGCAAGAGAUCUGCCUCUUCUCUCCAGUCACAGGACAGUCUCCUUUCCUCUCUGGGCAAAAGUCUAAGGAGCUGGAGCCAUCCCUGCGCCCACAGUGUGAGAACGCCAAGGAAGCGCGUUAACGCCAUCGCCCCCAGCCGAGGGCUGCCAGGCAGGCAGCGAAGACGCCAUCGCGCGGAGGAGGCGGCCACUGCGCCUGCGCGGUCCACGGCGCCUGCGCACAGCCUGAUUCCCGCGCUUUCUUCGCAGGCGGGAAGGGCGGCGGUUGCUGAAGGGGCUGCCUGGACGACGGUUGACGGAGGUCUAGUGGGACAGUGUCAUAUUGUAAAUUUGGAAUGCUGAAGAGAAAAUUAUAGAUUUUGAUAUUGAAGGAAAUGAAGCGAAGCCUAAAUGAAAAUUCAGCUCGAAGUACAGCAGGCUGUUUGCCUGUUCCGUUGUUCAAUCAGAAAAAGAGGAACAGACAGCCAUUAACUUCUAAUCCACUUAAAGAUGAUCCAGGUAUCAGUACCCCUUCUGACAAUUAUGAUUUUCCUCCUCUACCUACAGAUUGGGCCUGGGAAGCUGUGAAUCCAGAGUUGGCUCCUGUAAUGAAAACAGUGGACACCCGCUACAGAGAUGGUAACAAAAAUACCAGCUUGAAAACUUGGAAUAAAAAUGAUUUUAAGCCUCAAUGUAAACGAACAAACUUCGUGGCAAAUGAUGGAAAAAAUUCUUGUCCAAUGAGUUCGGGAGCUCAACAACAAAAACAAUUAAGAAUACCUGAACCUUCUAACUUAUCUCACAACAAAGAAACUGAGCUACUCAGACAAACACAUUCAUCAAAAAUAUCUGGCUCCACAAUGAGAGGGCUAGACAAAAACAGUGCACUACAGACACUUAAGCCCAAUUUUCAACAAAAUCAAUAUAAGAAACAAAUGUUGGAUGAUAUUCCAGAAGACAACACUCUGAAGGAAACCUCAUUAUUUCAGUUACAGUUUAAGGAAAAAGCUAGUUCUUUAAGAAUUAUUUCUGCAGUUAUUGAAAGCAUGAAGUAUUGGCGUGAACAUGCACAGAAAACUGUACUUCUUUUUGAAGUAUUAGCUGUUCUUGAUUCAGCUGUUACACCUGGCCCAUAUUAUUCGAAGAGUUUUCUUAUGAGGGAUGGGAAAAAUACUCUGCCUUGUGUCUUUUAUGAAAUCGAUCGUGAACUUCCGAGACUGAUUAGAGGCCGAGUUCAUAGAUGUGUUGGCAACUAUGACCAGAAAAAGAACAUUUUCAAAUGUGUUUCUGUCAGACCGGCGUCUGUUUCUGAACAAAAAACUUUCCAGGCAUUUGUCAAAAUUGCAGAUGUUGAGAUGCAGUAUUAUAUUAAUGUGAUGAAUGAAACUUAAGUAGUGAUAAAAGGAAGUUUAAAUAGCAUAAAUUAUAGCAGUUUUCUGUUAUUGCUUAAUUUACUAUCUCCAUAGUUUUAUAGCUACUAUUUUCUUGUAUUUCACAUGUUGAAUUAAAGUAUUUGAAUUCUUUUAAA